GUUUUCGUCUUGUGUUCACACCGCUAGUUUGAGCCACGGAAUCGCUCUCUAAUUUAUUAAUAUUUUCCGUGAAAGUUAAGUGACUAUUGCUGUAGAUUUGCGUUAGAAUAGUGGUAGAAUGUGUAAAUAACAAGAAAAACUAGACAGUUUCGUUGCAUUUGUUAACGUUCAGCUUAAAAAUACAUAAAUUCGAAUGACUGUUUCAUUUCGUUGUAUCAUAUUGACGAGUGCUACAGGAAAACAGAACUCUUGGUGAGACGCUUGGAAGAAAUGCAGUGAUCUCAAUACAUUUUCUGAAUUAGAAGUAAAAGGAAAAGACUCUGAAAUUUCGUUAAUUAACUAUAGAUAGAAAAUAGCGCAUUCUGCAUUGCCUGCAAUAAGAAAACCGUACCAGUGAGAAGAAAAGCAUCACAACUACAUCCAAAACAGAACUCGGACGUGGUACUUCGCGCCCGUCGAUAUCCGACCAUGACGGCAGCGACAGGAGUCAAACUUCCAGGUCACGAGCAAUGUGACAAACUGCGCAAGGCUCUGCAAUCUGGAAAUCGAUCCCAAAUUGAUAAGAUACUCGAAUCGCUUGUGAGGACUUGCCAGAAACGGGUGGACUAUGGUACACUUGGAGAUAAACAAAAAAUAGAUGAGGAUCAGUUAAAUUUCUGGCUGAAUGAUGUGCUUCGGCUGCUGUUCGAUUGGGAGAACCCGCUGACACGAGACCUGGCUUUGCGCGCCUUGGAAGCCGUUCUGCCGCAUCUGGAGCAAACGUUGUAUCUUGAUUCGACGGCGUGGCCUGCGUUGAAAACACAAAUCAGCAAUGUUUAUUCCAGCCUGCUGGAUCAAGCACGCGGUCGUAACGAUCCCGAGUGGCAUCGGAAAUGGUCAGUGCUGGUGCGUAUUCUUGACAAAGAAAUUUGCCAGGGUGCAGUGAUAAUAAAUGUGUUUCUGGCGAUUGUUGAAAGCGGUUUUCGUUCGGCGGAGCUGCUAGUGCGGGAGCAAUCGUUCGACUGUUGGAAGCUGCUGGUGGAAAUUUUCGCCAAGUACAACCAGAUCAACAUUCCAAAGCGAAUCAAAUUGAUAUGCAUACCGCUGAAGAGCUCGAAAAGCAAAACGGAGGUGAUAGCGAGAAAGAAGUUCGAAAUUUGGUGGUUUCUUGUAAAUAAGCUGCGAAACCAGCUGGAUGCCUUCGCGGAUAAUGUUUUCGAGCCGUUCAUUUACUUCUGCUUUGGGCCGUCGUUCAAGACACCACUGUGCUACUAUUUCGAUAACAGUUAUCAGGAAUUUGGGGCGCCUGGGAAAAUCUACAACUCUAUCAAGCAGCUUUCGGCUGUCGCUCUCAUUCAUAUGCUCGGUCCAACAACGAAAUCUACCGAAGCUUUGCUACAAGAGGCUAUCGCAGAAGGCAACGACAAACAUGGAUUGGCAAGUUUCUACCCUGUUGCAGAUUGCGGUUCCGGUGCUAUUAUAUCUCCGAAGUUGUUCACCGUGAAGGCGAAACUGCUCAUUAACUCCUGUACCGAAUGUACGGUAUUAUUUUCGCAGAUGAGAGAACUGAACUAUCUGGAGUUAAAUCAGUGCCUUUGGAAGAAUCUACUCGCGAUGGCGGAACAGGAGAAGACUAUUCCCCGUUCGGAGAUGCUUGAUUGGAUUCGGGAAAACCUGGCUGCGUUGAUUAAUUUGAGUAUUCAGUUGAAUGACGAUGCAAUUCGGCAACUGGCGCACGAUACGGUUAGUAUGGUAGCACAAACUAAAUUGCUCACCGUCGCCAUCGGCCAGGACAGCCCGGAACAGUUGGUCAGCAACUAUCGAACCUUCAUGAGCUUGAUGUUCAACUCGGACUUGGACUACCCGGAAGACGUUUCCCAAGCAAUCUUCUCACACGUGUUUGACCUCCGUCAGUAUUCUUCGCAAGCGAACGGCUAUUGGGACAUGCUGCAGAAAACGGUUCAAUAUCUAUCGGAUUUGGAGCCUGCGCUUUUCAGUGAUUCGAUUGCGAACCGACGAUUCAUCACCCAGAUCUACCGGCUGAUGGCUGUCCAUCUGAAGGAGCAGAUUGUCGCUCAGCGCAGACAGUUCGAGCGUUCGUCGCUUGUAGCACUCGGAUUUCUGCUUUUCCCACUGGAGUAUGAUCGCUACCUGCAAGUGGACGAGGUUGCUGAUGAGUGGCAGCAAGUGUACGCUGCGAUUGUGUCGAAAUCCGCUACUCGGUACGCGUGCGCUUUCAGUGAAUUAGUCAAAGCAAUGACGGUUGCUAAGUACAAUUGCAAUCUGGGUGUGAUUCUGAAUUUCUUCCGUGUAGUGCUGGAAGCGAUUCCAGGCGAUUUCGAUCCAACUCAGCCACCGGUUAAGACGCUCGAACUGUUCAAGGACCUGGUGCGGAAAGCGCUGGUUUUUCAAAAUAGUUUGAAAGAGGUUUCGCUUGGAUUGGAAGCGUUUCGACGUUUGAUAGAUAGAAUGUCUGUGCGGGGAUUGCUGGUUGUCAUUAUGCCAAUCCGGAAUGUGGUUGGUGAAAUUGUGACUGGGGACAACACUGAGCUAGCGAGUGAUGUUAAGGCUACACUGAAGACGUUGGUCGAUCGAUUCGUAGCUGCGAGGUUUUUGACGGAAAUAAAAAAUCAGCCGAAGGAGGUUAAGUGGAACUGCAAGAUGUUAGUGUCACAAUUGCUAGAGCUGCCCGCUACGAUGCAGCGUCAGUGGAAGGUCACCGAUUUGAAAAAGUUAGUAGAUGUUUGCGAAGGUAAGGAACCUGCAGCUAAAGCAGCGAAGGCACCUGUCAAAAAGGAAGGAGAAUUUGUGGUGAUUGAUAAAGUAUGGAAGUUCACCCCGGAUAAAUUGACCGAACAUCAGCGUGAUAAGAUGCGGGAAAAACGCGAUGACAUCCCGGCGUUGUACAAUGAUAUGAGUCAAUCACAGGACAGUUUCGUAAUUAAACCAUGGACUCCGAACAAAAUUGUUAUUCCAUCAGAUGCUAACAACGAUCACGACACGAUUGUUAUGUGCGCCAGUGGCGGAGAGUCCAACUCUGUAACCCAGCCAGGAGCUGAGGAAGCGUCCGUACCGAAAGAACAAGGAGCGACCUCCAGUGAAAAAGUCAAACUGGACAAAGAGAACAAUAACGGCAAUGUACCGACAAAUGCUAAUGAUAAAGAAAUUUCAGAAAGCUCAUCAUCCUUGGCGGUUUCGAAAAAGCCAACUGAGAAAAGAUCACGGGUUGCCAGAGAAUUAGAUCAGCUGAAGAUUGAUACCAUCGAGGGGAAGAACCUACAGGUGGGACGACUUGCUAGAACUAGACGAUCCGGAAGUUUGGAACCCGUCGGGCCGCCUUCUAGAAGAAGAGCAUUCGAACUGAAGAAACCUUUCGACGGUAAGUCAACCGAAGUAGAGAACAAACGACAAAAAAGAAAGGUAGAAAAAAUUGAUGAAAAACCAGAGGAAAAACCUGAACCGUCAUCUCCUGCUAAAAAGGUGACAGAAGAAAAACCCAAAAGUCCGGCUGAACGCACCUCACCUCGAAAAUCUCUGAACUUUGACAACGUUGUUGAUAAAGAGCCUGUCGCUGCAACCGAAGCUCCAAGCACUCGAUCUCCAGCCAAGGUAAAAACCAUCAACGAAUCGGCCGAGGAAAUAAUCGAAUCUUCACAACAAGUAAACUCACAAUCUGUGUUGGCUAGAAAGCUUACUACUCGUAUGCCGAAAAACGAGGAAAUAGAAAUUCCUCCGACUCCGGAACUCACCACGACUCUAACCUUCAACACGGAAGCAGAAAUCGAAUUGGCCAAACUGAAUCGUGACUCACCGGCUAAAGUAAAACCGGAAGAUAUUAUGGAGUCGCCUAGUAAAAAUACCAGAAGCGCCGCAGCGGCAGCACAGCAGAAAACCGUUGAAACAGACACCAUCCCGAAUAUACCUGCUCCGGAAACUUUGUCCGAAUCGGACACGUCUUCAGAGCCGGUGGUAACUCAAAUUGAAAAACCUAAACCCGUCUCGCCUGCAAAAAGUCCAAAAAAAGGAAAGCGAUCGACCAGUCCCGUCCCUGAGCCCAUGGAAGUUGACCAAUCAGUACUCGAAUCUCCCGAUAGAAUCAAACCUGCUGAUCAAGCCCGCAACGGAUCUCCCAAUUUAACCCCGAUAAAAAAUCUUGAUGAACAAAUGGAACCAUUAGGAAAAAAUCUCAAUCGAAGUCUAGUAUCCUCUCCCGAAGGAGCAGAUCAGGACGAACGGGAGGCCGAUCUUCUUAAUAGCACCCUGAACAUUUCUCCUAUAUCCGAAACGAAACAUGUGUAUCCCUUCUUCGUGGAAGCUAUAGCUCCGGUUACAACCACCGGAAGUGGUGAGAAACGCCUCUCAACUCGUCUCAUGGACCGAGAAAAAACAUCCACAGUGAUGCCUUCCCCGGUGACUCGUCGAACACGUAACUCGCCUCCUGUUCCUGCUGCAAUGGCGAACCUCAAAACACGAACCCUUCAGAUGACACCUCGCAGUCCGAGCACCAACAAAAUCGAACUGCGAGGCCGAGGCGCACAACUAAUCAACCUCAUCCGAAAUCAGCAAAAUGAAUCUUCACCGAAGCCUUCGGGGCUGGCCCCGCCCCACUCUUCCACACCCAAACAGGUCCAGCCGUCGACUCCCGUCAACGACAGAUGCCUCAUGAUGCGAAAGAUGGCCACCCACGGAAAUACGGCUGGCACCCCAACUGCUACAAAAUCCCCAGACCAACCGAAACCCCUCGAAAAGGAAAAAGAAAAAGAUUACCUGGUUUUCUCGAAAGUCCUACCGUCUCCGCAAGCAUCCCCCGCAGCAAGUAUCCUCAAGCGGAAACUAAACCACGACGACAGCGGAGACGACAUGGAGUCACCGGCCAACAAGCGAAAGAGAGUAAGCUUCCACGACCCACCGGUAUCGCUAACCAAGGAAUACAUCCGUCAGGAGGAAGAAUGUCGUUCCCCGUCGAUCAGUCGGUGUUUGCAAAUGAUCGGAAUGUCCCCGGCGGAUAAAGCUAAAUUCCUGCUGCGGCGCAAGAGUAAAACCGACAGUUUAUCCGAGUUGGCUAAUUUCACGCAAGGCUCUACCGGUAAACCUUCCAACGGUCCCGCCAAUAAAGAGGAUGAAGACGAAAUUACCUCGUCACCUGAAUCGCUGGAAGGAGAAUUCAUGCUCAACACAACAGAAAACAUGAGCACCCUACAAGUAACUACCGAUGGUGACAACCUGGAAUCCAAUGCUAAUUCAAAACCACAAAGUGCUUCUAAAUCAGAUCCUGUACCCACAGUCGAGGCAACCGUCGUGCCCACUGAACCACCCCCGAAACGAACAUCACCCCGGAAGAUUUCACCAAAGGUGACACCGGACGAAACGGCUGUAGCCAAGAAACCAGCAUCACCCGUUCCGGCAGCGGAAGCCGAAAAGCCGGACAACAGCAUUCGCUUCCAAUCCGAAGACGACAUACUCACUCAUGUGAUCUCAACCUAUUCGCUGGAUUCAAUAAUAGAACGGUACUUUGCAGCCGGCAAAACCCUCGAGCAGACAAAGUCUGCUCGCUUACUAACCCGCGAGCUAUCCACGCUGAUGAGCAAAGACUCCAAAACUCGCUACACCGUGCUGGACGAGUUGUCCGAGCGUCAUUCUGCCGAAUUUCUGGAUCACGCUGUUCAGGAGAAUUCAUCGGCCAUUGUAUGCCAGCGGCUAUCGAUGACCACCAUGACCGAGUACAUUUUCGAACAGCUGAAGAAACUACCGGCGGAUGAUGCUGCCAACCACCAAGAAGAACAAGCCGAACGAACCCGAAUCCUGCAGACGAUGUUUGAUAACCUGCUGCAGCUAGGUGCUCCUGCUGAGGUUAUUCAGAUGAGAGAAAAUUUCAUCAAGGCGGUCAUUCACAGUAAAAGUCAAACUGAAAUUAUGGCGCUGCUGGAGGAAUACUUCACCAACCGGCGGACAGCGACUGGUGCUCCGUGCAAAAGCACGUGACACAGUCAUUGGAUUGCCAGCGGAUCGUUUUAGGUUAAGACGUUUGAUAUGCAUAAGCUUAUAAUUUUUAGUUUAAGAGUGUAUUGAAGUAGUGUUCGUAUUUUUAAACAUCAACAAAAUUGUACUAUGCUUUUCGCGAUUGCAAUUGAAGAGUUCAUUAUUAUAUCAACCGUUACAACAGCAAGUAGAUAGAUAAAGCAGCCUUGCCUUCUCGAAAGGAAAACGUGAACAACAUAUAUCGUAUAUACAUAUGUUCUUAUUUUCAAGAAACACACGUGGUACAAACAUUGAUGAUAAAAGUUUUAACAUUACUAAGGGUCAGCAACUUUCGCCGACGUAUUAUUGAUCACAUUUGUAGCAGAGAUCAGCUUGGAUAAAGCAAAGUAUUUUAAAGAAGAUA